UUUGUUGGUGAGAAAAAAAAACUGAGAAAAGUUCCUCUUUCUGUCUUCGAUUUCUUGGUUGGAAGUGUCAUAAAAAGGGCUCAUUGUCUGCGAUUAUGGAGGUCUGCGAUUGGAAUUGUACAAAGGAAGCUCUUAAAGGCCUCGAAAGGUCAUUAGGAUGUGGAGUUUGUAACAACCCUCUUCAGGAACCGUGUACCCUUGGGUCAUGUGAUCAUCUCUUUUGCAGGGCGUGUACAAAAGCCCAUUUAGGAAACUCAUGUCCCAUUUGUCAAGCCCCGGCCUGGGUUAAAGACCUGCAACUGAAACGAGAGCUUGCAAGCGUUGUUACACUCUACGGCAAGCUCCACUCCAUCAUUAACAAAGAUCCUUCUAAUGAAGUUCGAGAUGUUGGAAUGGUCAACGAGAUGGCUGGUCGAAAUGAUGCCAAAGUUCAAAAGGUCACCACUGAGGCCGUUCUGGAGGGGCAGGGCAUUCCAAGAAAAGCGUUACAUCCAAGGAAUGUUUUGGAGAAGGAAACAGCGCCCUCAGCUGCCGGUAAAAGGAAAUUUAUCAAGAAACCAUCCAAACAAGUAGUCAUCGGGAAGAUGAGAAGGCAACAUAAGGAGCAGGAUGAGAUCAUACAGGAAAAUGAAAAGAACAAACUUCUGGCAGGCUCUUCCAGUAGCGAGAACGAUACGAUCGACCCGAUGUCGGUGUUUGACUUCAUCCCCUCGCCAUGCCAGCCGAAACCCGUGAAGAAACGAGUGAGAAAACCCAACCCUAAGGCGCUGAAGAGAAAGCGUAUCGCCGCAGCCAAUCGCAAGUGGCAGAAGAGUCACAAGGGUGGGCCGUCCAAAGAAGUCAGGGGGUCUGGUUUAGAGAGUUCCCUGCGGCACGUCUCGUUCUCCGUUGAGACCGACCGUAGCCAGACGUCGUCUUGUCCUGAUUCAAGCAGCCUAGAGAGCAUGGACAUCACUUCUCAAGAUGAGGAUCAGAGCCAAUUGGUCGUCAAAAGCGACGGUUCUAAGACUAUAGAGGAGGCCCCUGGAAGCACCCAGGAGAGUGGAUACAGCACUGGCAGUUAUAAGGAAACCCUAAGCCUUGAAGGAGAAAGUCAACCGUCCACCAGAAAUACAGAUGAGUGUUCGUCAGAACUUCAGAACGACACGCCAUCUUGCGAUCCAUCUAGCAAUCUUGAUGAUCACUGUGUUCCAGUGCUGCAGCAUCUCAAGGAAAAUUCAAGGAGGAGUCAGAGAAAUUCAAAAUGUUCAUCUACGAUUCCCCCGGAUGAUAGUUGUGCCAGAGGACUCAAGGUGAGAAUUGGUGGAAGAGGUAAAACCACAAUAAAAGAACAGACUGUUUCCAGAAAAACACCUUCAGUUAUUGACAAUUCUGAUAGGUUACCAGCUGGAGAGGAGACUAGCAAUGAGACCACAGUGAUGACAGAUCUAUCCGUCACCGGUAGUAGUGUACCUGAAAGAAGACUAACUAGACGUAAUAAUCAAGCAUCUUCUCUCUUGAUCGAAGAAAGCAACAAAUCAGCCAAUGACAACCCUCUGGCACGCCAAACAAUUAGUCGAUCAUCAAGAACGACUUCUAAGAACAUUGGACAGAAAGACUCUGCCAUACCCCCAAUAAGAAAGCAUUGUCCACGCGAAGAAACUGGUUCACCUUCAGAACGCUCUGUGAGAAAUAACCCGUCAGCUGAAGUUGCCGACAAACCACAAAUAAAAUCACGCUCAAUAAAAGGAGACUCAGGAAAGACGUCCUCACACACGCCUACAUCACGGAGAAAGGUUGACGAAGGACGUCUCCUCAAGGAGGCAGUGGAAGGCAACCUGGGAGAGAAGGGAACUCCGAGCAACUCUGAGAAGCCUUCCAGGUCCUCGACAUCACCAAGAAGUGGUAGUGCUGUCAAGAGAAACAAGCGUGGAGAAACACCUCUGCAUGUUGCUGUAAUCAAGGGAGAUGUGGCCACAGCAAGGCUACUUCUGCAGGAAGGCGCUGAUCCUAACUCUAUGGACAAUGCCAGAUGGACGCCUUUGCACGAGGCUUGUAAUCACGGGCAUACAGCCCUUGUUGCAGUUCUCCUGGACAAUGGAGCUCUGAUCAACACCCCUGGGUUUGAGCAUGACUCCCCCCUCCACGAUGCUGUGAUGAAUCACAGACUGGACGUUGUUAAGUUACUCCUAAAGCGAGGUGCCUCACUCGAUGUCAGAAACAUGCAUGGGCUGACCCCAGUAGACUACGCCAAAUCUGAGCCAAUGAGGGCAGCAUUGAAGACACAACCUCUCGUCAACACAGUUACCAAGACAACGCCUCCCAUGCCCAAGACAUCUGCUCUUUCACGGCAACGACCAGUGGUCCUGUUAGGCACCGGUCUGAACGACUCCCAGAGAAAACGCCUCCAAGCUUGUGCCAAGCUCCUCGGGAAUGGGCGUGUCGUCAGCGAGUUCGGGUCGGAGGUCACCCAUCUUGUAGCCUCUUGUAACCAUGACAACCUGUGCAUGAGGACCAUGAAGUAUCUGAAUGCUGUCUUAAGUGGCAUCUGGGUUGUUUCUUUUAACUGGAUAACAGAGUGUCUUCGUAUCAAAGGGCAGGCUGAAGAGGUGAAGUUUGAAGUGAAAGGCACAACGACCUUGUCCAACAGUCCUGGAGCUCAGAGAGGCAGGCAGAAUGCUGAGCAGCAGCUCCCUGGUCUUUUGGACGGCUGCCACUUUUACCUCCAGAGCACUUUCAGUCCCCCGACCCCCUCCAAGAAAGAGAUUGUUCAACUGAUCAAAAACGGCGCCGGUACCCUCCUCAGUCGGCAACCGAAACCCGACGAUGAUGUUAUACAGGCCUCGACAACAGUCCCAUACCAUGCCCGGUCAGGCUCUGAACUUGCCACGUGUUCGUAUUUUAUCAUCCACGAUCAUGUGGAUAGUAGGGCGCCCCCUAGGAUCAGGACUGGGAAGCUGUGCACGGCGCCGAUAUGUUGGCUUAUGGAUUGCAUAUCUCAGUUUGAACUUGUGGAUUUGCCAAAGUAAAUCUUGAAUCUUGAGUUAGACUUGAAUAAUGUCUGGUACAAUGACUUGUUUAGUCACAAUGUAACGCUUACAUUUGAAUUCCUCAGACUAGAGAGACAGUUGAUCUGUCAAAUUGUUCAGGGCAAGCCUUUGCAAAGCAAUCGCCAAUUAAGCAAACUCUGGUACCAUUGCGCCUUACAAAUCCAUUCAGAUUAAGUUUCUUACUAACUAUGCAAAAGCCCCUAAUCAUGUGACAUAGCAACUGACUUUAUAGUCUGAUGAAUAAAGGAAUCAAUGUGUGGUGAAGAGGU